AUGGCGGCGGCUGGGGCGUGGGUGCUGCUGCGAGGAGCCGUCCGGGAGCUGCUGCGGCUGCCGCUCGCGGGGGUCGCCCCCGGCCCGGAGCGCGCCUUCAGCCUCUCUCACAGUCGGGGCACGGUCAUCGUGGAGCGCUGGUGGAAGGUACCGUUGGCUGGAGACGGCCGGAAGCCGCGCCUGCACCGGCGACACCGCGUCUACAAGCUGGUAGAGGACACGAAACACGGGCCCAAAGGCAACCUGGAGCUCAUCCUCACCCAGUCGGUGGUAGGACUUGGAGUCCGGGGUGACCUGGUCUCAGUGAAGAAACCUUUGGGCCGGAAUCGACUGUUGCCUCAAGGUCUGGCUGUAUAUGCAUCCCCUGAAAACAAGAAACUCUUUGAAGAGGAGAAAUUGCUGAGACAAGAAGGAAAAUUAGAGAGGAUCCAGACCAGGGCGGGUGAGAUGACAGUGACGUUUCUCAAAAGCUGUCACCUGGAGGUGGGGAUGAAAAACAACGUCAAAUGGGAACUAAACCCUGAAAUAGUUGCCCGCCAUUUCUUCAAAAAUCUUGGUGUUGUGGUCGCCCCACAUGCAUUAAAGUUACCAGAAGAACCCAUUACACAGUGGGGCAAGUACUGGUGUGAGGUGACGGUAAAUGGACUUGACACUGUGAGGGUACCUAUGUCUGUGGUGAACUUUGAGAGGCCCAAGACCAAAAGAUACAAGUACUGGUUAGCCCAACAAGCUGCCAAGGGAAUGGCCCCCACCAGCUCCCAGACUUUCUGAAUCUACUCUCCCUCAAAAUCAGACGAGCAGAAUCAGGGGCCCCUGGAGGGCACAGUCAGUUGAGCAUCUGACUUUAGCUCAGGUCAUGGUCUCUC